AUGUGCAUCAGUCGGACAGCUCCCAAUGUGCAUCAGUCGGACAGCUCCCAAUGUGCAUCAGUCAGACAUCUCCCAGUGUGCAUCAGUCAGACAGCUCCUACUGUGCAUCAGUCGGACAGCUCCUACUGUGCAUCAGUCGGACAGCUCCCAGUGUGCAUCAGUCGGACAGCUCCCAGUGUGCAUCAGUCGGACAUCUCUCAAUGUGCAUCAGUCAGACAGCUCCCAGUGUGCAUCAGUCGGACAGCUCCCAGUGUGCAUCAGUCGGACAUCUCCCAGUGUGCAUCAGUCGGACAUCUCCCAGUGUGCAUCAGUCGGACAUCUCCCAGUGUGCAUCAGUCGGACAUCUCCCAGUGUGCAUCAGUCGGACAUCUCCCAGUGUGCAUCAGUCAAACAGCUCCCAGUGUGCAUCAGUCGGACAGCUCCCAGUGUGCAUCAGUCGGACAGCUCCCAGUGUGCAUCAGUCGGACAGCUCCCAGUGUGCAUCAGUCAGACAGCUCCCAGUGUGCAUCAGUCAGACAGCUCCCAGUGUGCAUCAGUCAGACAGCUCCCAGUGUGCAUCAGUCAGACAGCUCCCAGUGUGCAUCAGUCAGACAGCUCCCAGUGUACAUUUGUCAGACAUCUCCCAAUGUGCAUCAGUCGGACAGCUCCCAAUGUGCAUCAGUCAGACAUCUCCCAAUGUGCAUCAGUCGGACAGCUCCCAAUGUGCAUCAGUCGGACAGCUCCCAAUGUGCAUCAGUCAGACAUCUCCCAGUGUGCAUCAGUCAGACAGCUCCUACUGUGCAUCAGUCGGACAGCUCCCAGUGUGCAUCAGUCGGACAGCUCCCAGUGUGCAUCAGUCGGACAUCUCUCAAUGUGCAUCAGUCAGACAGCUCCCAGUGUGCAUCAGUCAGACAGCUCCUACUGUGCAUCAGUCGGACAGCUCCCAGUGUGCAUCAGUCGGACAGCUCCCAGUGUGCAUCAGUCGGACAGCUCCCAGUGUGCAUCAGUCGGACAGCUCCCAGUGUGCAUCAGUCAGACAGCUCCCAGUGUGCAUCAGUCAAACAGCUCCCAGUGUGCAUCA